CUGCAACAUAAGGCAUAGCAUUUUAGGCGAAAACCAAUAUGGCUGGGGCCAUGGCGUUGUCACAUGCGAGGAUCAUUUUAGUAUUUAGAUCUUGUUGCAAGCUGUAUAUGAACCAAAUACAUAUUGGAAAGCACAUGUUUAGGCCAAAACAGUGGACAAAGACAGCAGGUCUAGUGGUUCAAGCUCACCCAAAAAUACAUCAGGGACAGACAGACUCCAGCAAAGAACCCGGUGAAUCGACUGCUUUAAAUAAAGAUGUAUUAAGUGGCCACCUGACGAGUAACAAAGGGAGGGCACCUGACUUCACAAGUUACAGGGACUUCAUCAAACACUAUACCCAAAUUGCCAAUGCCAGUGUCCUAGUGAAGAUUGAUUCUCAGCACUCUAUAGACGCUGUCUACAAGGAACUCAGCAAGAAGAUUGAGCUAAAAAACUACUCAGAAGUGCAACUAUCUGGUGAACAAAGUACAAAAAUUUAUUUGGUGGAGGUAGUGGACGAAAAUAAGUUGAACAAAUUUGCACCCUUGGCUGAGCAGAGGAUUAUUUAUAGAGUGGGUGAGUCUACUCCACACCUUGACCUUGGGCCAGUCAAAGCCUCUGAGGAAGAAAAAAACAGUCUGCCAAAGAAACUGGGACAAUGCAAAAAUGUGGAGGAUCAGCUGCAGCUGCUGUACCAGACUGUGAGUCUUCCAGAGUCCAGCCUGCGCUUCCACUUCUUUGCCAGCAAGUUUGUCGAAAGAGUCCUACGAUUUAAUUCCCAUCUGAAGCAUGCAGUGGUCGAGUGUUUUGGCUCUUCCCCAUCUGGAACAGCUCUGAGGCGCUCAGCCGAUUUGGAUCUUGCAGUGUUUGUACCUGCUUCGAGCAACGUGAAGCCUGCUUUGAGCAACGUGAAGCCUGUUUCGAGCAAACAGUUACGGAAGAUAGUGAAACGCAGACUGCGGAAAACCCCCUUUGCCAAAAAAAAAUCACCGCACGUUCGCAGCUCCAUUGCCCAUAUGGAUUCAGAAUUACUCAAUCUUCCCUUGGACAUCUCAGUGAAUAACAAAAGUGGUGUACUGAUGAGCAAUAUGUUUUUUCUGCUUGGGAAGCUUCACGCCAGUUUCCUGCCCUUGGUUGUAUUCCUCAAGCACUGGGCCCUUGUGAAUGACCUGGCCCAGGGUUACAAGUAUGUCUCCAGCUACCAGCUGUCCAUGCUUCUCAUAUCUCACCUUCAGCAGCUUAGGCAGCUUCCUCCACUGAAGGACCUGUACGAAACAAAAUUUGAACCGGGAAGUGCUUCGGGUGAUUUCGACAGUCUGGAGAAGAUUCGGUUCAAGCCGCUACCCACAAUCUCUAAGAACUGGCAGGAUUCGACCAGCAUGUUCGACAUACUCUGUAGUUUCUUCAAAUACUAUGGUGAGUUCGACUUCCGGUCUCAUGUGAUAGACGUUCACAACGGCGUCACUGUUAGUCAGACGCACACCUUCUUCAUCUGCGUGUGCAACCCGCACAAGGAACUCCACAAUGUGUGCAUGUACGUGACACAAGACGGCCUAGAACGCUUGCAAAAUCUGUGUAAGCUUAGUCACAUGGCAUUGACGCAAAAUAAACUGGUGAUACAGGAUAAGCACUGGGGAAUACAGACCUUGUUACCACUGUUAAACACGGAAGUUAAUCUGCCAGUUCAUAGUCCAGUUGAGAAUUCUAAGGCUAUCAAGAAUUGACGGCAGUUAUUAAAACUAUUAAGGAAUCCAUGCAUGCACAUCAAAUAGCCUACUGGAAAGUGUCAGUUAUUAUAACUUAUGACCCAAACAUUGGUAAGCUGUUAAGUAAGUAAUUAAUGCGUGAAGGUGCUUGGCGCUGCUAAACAAGGACAUUUUGUAAAGCCAGACAAGUUUAGAGACAUUAUCUAACAAUUAGCAAAAUGCCAUUAUUUAUAUAGUUUUACACUUGUCAGAUAGAUUUAUAAGCAUUAGUUUGACUUUUAUCCCCGUACCCGUUAUAUCCGAUCAAGAUACAAGCGCUGGGCAGAAUUUUAUACCAUGCAUAACCCCACCAUUAUCUAAUAAAUGUAUAAAUAAAUGUAUAACCAAUUCGA